GCACACAAGAUUCCGCUGGAGAUGUAUGCAUACCUUUUGCAGUGGUUCGUUUCUGUCGCAGACAAAGUCCGGCAGAACGACCAGGGCCCAUCGACCCCUGCGCCCAAGUCUAGGCGCGGUCGCGGUGGUAAAUCUGCUGCUUCGUCAAGAGCAAAGAAGGCGCAGCAGCAGCAGCAGGAUUGGUCUUGGGCCGACUCGAUCCCUUCCACUUUCGUCCUUAUCUCCAAAGUCCUUCGACUCCAAACUCAGCGCAUAUGGACCACCACUGCGGAACGGGACACCUUCGUUUCGUGUCUUACGCGACCCGCAUACACUGUGCUCGAAUCGGAGACUUAUAUGAAACAAGAUGAGAUCAAGACCGCCGUGUAUAAAGUCAUCUGCUACGCUGUUAAGCAUAGCGGCCAUGGACCAAACGCACAGAUCGCCAUUGUGCAAAAUCUUCAAUUCUUCGAACAUCUCGCGGAACCCAUGGCUCAACUUCUGCAUAUUCUCAUCAACGAAUUCAACUAUCCGCAGCUCGCCGACGAGGUUCUUCGCCAAGUCGCUCUCAUGACGUUUGGUGGUGGUGCCGCUGCCGACACGAAGGGCCCGCGGACAUUCUCCAGGUUUCUCAUCAAGUUUGCGGAAGCAUCCCCGCGCCACGCGUUCAAGCAGAUUGCACUGCUUUUGAAUCAGCUGGACUCAGAAGCCUACCCAAUUCGAAUUGCGGUGGUGGAAAUUCUAGCCUUCAUUAUUCAAGAUCUCUCGGCAGAAAAUGAGGCUGAGGGAUCGACGCAGACAUCCGACCAGAAGAAACAGAUCAAUGGACUGUACGAUCUGCUGUUUGAACGCACUCUGGAUCUAUCUAGCUACGUGCGGGUCAGGGUCUUUGCUGUGAUGGUUCGUCUCUGUGAUAUCCGCGGAACGAGGCCGAAACAACGUUUGGCGAUGACGCAAGCAGCUGUCAGUGCACUCGAGGACAAGGUUGCCAGUGUGCGGAAGAGCGGCGCGGCACUGCUUGUGCAGCUCGCCCUGACACACCCGUGGACGAGGUACGCCUCAGAACUCGACAUCGAGAAAUGGGAGGCUGGAUACCAGAAGUCCAAGGCGGAGCUGACCGAGUUGGAAGCCAAAGUCGGGGACGGUGUGGCUGUUAGAGAAGUCGAAGGAGAUCUGGAUGCAGAUGAGACUGCCAUGGCCGUCGACAAUGAAGGGGCUGGCGAUACAGAGCCCGAAGACAACGGGGGAAACUCCGACGACGCCAUGUCCGUCGACGGCGAAGACCGGCCGACACCCAAGAAGAAGAGGCCGAAGCUUAAGCCUCGCAAGUCACAGAUGACCGUCGACAUGACCUCAGAAAAGGCCGCCCUGGAGCAUCUUCAAACGCUGCAGUUGAUCGAGAAGCGUCUUGACAAGCGAUAUCACGCCGAGGGGCUCGUCUUCAUCCGAUGUCUGGGCGACGCCGUUGAGCGGAUCGAAGUGUUGUUGGGCAGCAAGAACCGCGCUGAAGUCCUUGAGGCUAUCGAAUUCCUCCGGAUUGCGCAUGAAUUCAAAGUGCAAGGCGCCGAUCGAGGCAUCAAGAAGAUGUUGCACUUAGUGUGGAGCAAGGAUCCGACUUCCUCGGCAGCCGGGACAGCUGCUGAAGACGGAGGAACGACAGAACUCAAAGGCGUGAGACAGCGUCUGCUAGAGUGUUAUCGACAGCUUUACUUCGAGGCCACUCCGGGACUGGAGCCGAAGGCCCAGGUCAGUCGCAUUGCGAAGAACAUGAUCGAGCUGACUUACAAUGCAACAUUGGCGGAACUGACGAGCUUAGAGGAGCUCCUCCGCAUUAUGAUGGAGGAUGAUCAGAUUCACUCAGAUGUGAUUGCCAAACUAUGGGCUGUGUACAGCAAAAUGCAGAAUCUUCCCUCGGACCAGCGCAGGGGUGCGAUCGUCAUCCUUGGGAUGUUGGGUUUGGCCAGACGAAGUGUGCUGACGAGCCAUGUGCACGACAUGCUGCGAAUUGGGUUGAGCACUUAUGGAAAGACUGAUCUUAAAUUGGCGCGGUAUACUUGCGUAGCAUUGCAACGGUUGAACGGCAGUGCAAAGAAAAUCAAAGGAUCGCUGCUUGACAAGACUAUCCGUCGUCCGAUGGACGAUCCAAUCUUCGCCAGUCUGAAAGCUGCCAUCGAGCGCCCAACAAGAUCGAAGGAGUGGUUUGGGCUGGCGGAACAGGCGAUCAACACUGUGUAUGCUCUCGGAGACCAUCCUGACGAGUUGUGCAACGACUUGAUCAAGCAAUUGACUGCCAGGGCUUUCGCGCCGAAACUCGGGGCUGCUGACCAACCGCGUGAAGGAGAACCCAUGGACGAGGACGCCAAACCUGAGGACGGGAUACAGAUGGCGGAGGGCAUCUCGCACAGUCCAUCAGCGACACCUAAGCCUAUCAGCGACAAUAUGGGCGACGCCUUUGAGCUCAGUCAGCUUCUGUUCGUCGUCGGCCACGUCGCGAUCAAGCAUAUUGUAUGGCUGGAGCUCGUUGAACGAGAAUGGAAACGACAGAAAGAUGAGCGAGAGGGCGCGGAAAAGCAUGCAAAGAGCAAAGAGCGGGAGGAGCUCGAUCAAGUCGCUGGUAAUGCUGAGGACGAGAUCGGGGAACGGAUCUCUGCUGUCCGCGAGUCCGAGUUGCUCUAUGGACCUGAAUCGCUCCUUGCUCUGUACGGCCCUUUGCUUGUUCAUAUCACAGGAAGCCCACAUAAAUACAAGGUAAGAUCCAAGUGUCUUGUUAUGACUGGUCCUGCUGACUCGGGUGUUAGAACAAGACUUUGAGGGCGGCCGCAACUCUGUCGUUCAGCAAGUUUCUCUGCGUCAGCUCUCAGUUCUGCGACAAGAAUUAUCUCCUUUUGUUCCGGCUGCUCAACCAAUCCAAGAGUGCCAACAUUCGGAGCAAUAUCGUCAUCGCCCUUGGGGAUGUUGCGGUCUCGUUCAACAGUAUCAUUGACGAGAACAGCAACGAGCUCUACAAAGGCCUGUCGGACAAGAAUUUGGUGGUCAAGAAGAACACGC